CACGCCACUCACGCCGGCUCCGUUCCACCGCGAAUGUGAGCGGGAACACCCACCCAGCCAGCCGCUCAUGCUCCGCUCGGGGAGAUGGAGGUGCGUCGUUCCCGCUGUUGCCGCUGUUACUAGACACGGCCGCUCCGGUCACACCUGACCGCUCCCGUGUUUAGCGGACCUGGGGGGCUUUUGCGGAGCGCCGCACUCAGACAGGGCGCGUCGGGGCCGCCUGGCUCUUGCUCUUCCGGGAGCUCUCGGCUCGUAACACACUCGGCUUUGGCGAACCGCCCUCCUCUCUCCUCCUGUCCUGGGGGUGCUUCGCAUGGGGGGCAAGCAGAGCACGGCGGGGCGGCCCCGGGGACCCUUUCCCGGCGUGUCCACGGAUGACAGCGCGGUGCCGCCCUCGGCCCACUUCGGCCAUUACCGCCCGGGCGGCGCUAUGGGACUGCGGAGCCGCUCGGUGAGCUCCGUGGCGGGGAUGGGCAUCGACCACAGCGCAGCCGUGCCGUUCGGAUUCUACACCGCCCGGGGCACGGGCGACUCGGACAGAGCCGGAGGGGGUUCGGGCUCGGAUGCGGCUCACGGAAACGGUUUCCAGGAGAGCGGGGGCGGCCACCACACGGACGGCGUGCUGUACCUGGGAUCCCGCGGCUCGCUGGCCGACACGCUGCCGCUGCACAUCGCUCCGCGCUGGUUCAGCGCACACAGCGGUUUCAAGUGUCCUGUGUGCUCCAAGUCCAUCGCCUCCAACGAGAUGGAGGUACACUUCAUUAUGUGUCUGAGCAAGCCUCGUCUCUCCUACAAUGAUGACGUUCUGGCCAGGGAUGCGGGCGAGUGUGUGAUCUGCCUGGAGGAGCUGCAACAAGGAGACACCAUUGCCAGACUGCCGUGCCUCUGCAUCUAUCACAAAAGCUGUAUAGAUUCCUGGUUUGAAAUUAAUCGAUCCUGCCCUGAACACCCUUCUGACUGAUCCCAAGCGGACUCUAUAUAGGGCACUUUUCAAACCUAGCCUGGAUAUCUGGACACUGAAAUAACCAAAAAGAAUUAAAGAAAACCAACAACCAAUAAAUUGA